AAUAGCAAUCAUGCCUAUUAUGAUAAACGUCGGAUGAUAUGCGGCGGGAGUUAACUCGAUCCGCACUCGAUUCACUUUUUCACAAAAAUGGUAUUAUUGUUACCGACGGAUGCACUGCAUUACAAUCCGUGAACUGUGUUAUCAGCAUAAUCAGCUGUGCAAAAGACCAAUAAAUAUUUGUUAAAUAAAAUGGAUUCAAUAGCUUUUUUUUUGGAUUUUAAUGAAAGUACAAACAAUGAUGCAAGACGAACCCGGAAAAAAGUAAGGGAUAAUGCUGUUGACGUGUUCCAGUUGCCGGAUGAUGUAUUUGUUAAGCAAUUCCGUCUUAAUAAGAUAGCUUUCCAAUAUGUUCUUAACAUAUUAAAGAGGGAAAUGCUUCCUGUUAUUAAAACAUGGUCGAUAUCGCCAGAGCUCAAACUAGAAGCCUGUCUAAGAUUUUUUGCUGAAGGGGGUUAUCAAAAUGGUACUGGGCAGGAUUUUAAUAUUGGCAUGGCGCAGUCCACAGUGUCCAUAGUACUGUCAGAAGUUUUAAAUAUUUUAGAGGCAACACUAUGCCCCAGAUGGAUAAGUUUGGCAAUGACCGAGACUGAAGAGCUUGAAGCCAAAAGAUAUUUUUUUGGAAAAACAAGAAUUCCCGGCAUAGUUAUGUGCGUAGAUGGCACCCACAUAAAGAUUUUGAAACCUGCUGGAGACAAUUCGCACCUUUAUUAUAAUAGGAAAGGAUAUUACAGUAUUAAUGCAAUGAUAAUAUGUGACCAUAAGCAGCGAAUAAGGUAUGUGAACAGUAGGUACGCAGGUGCAAGUCACGAUUCCUUUAUUUGGGAAAAUAGUGAGGCUUCAAGACAUUUCCAAACCAUGUAUGAAAAUGGACACAGAAGCACUAGAUUGUUGGGUGACUCUGGAUACCCACUUUUACCCUGGCUGAUAACGCCCUUCCGAAAUGCCGGAGCGAAUACACCCCAAAGCCGUUUCAAUAAAAGCCAUAGCUCGGGUCGCAAUAUUGUUGAACGCACAAUAGGUGUCUGGAAGAAUUGGUGUCGAUGCUUGCUCUCAGCUCGCCAACUUCAUUAUUCUCCGGAAAAAGUGGCUCAAAUUGUUAAUGUUGCGGCGGCACUUCACAACAUUCGGAUCCAUUAUAAUAUUUCAGACGAAUAUUUAGAAGGGGUUUUUGAAAGUGAAGAGUAUGAAAAUGGCGAGCCUGUACAACAUCAAAGGUAUACCAAUGAAGCAAACCAAAUCCGGAAUGAAAUGCUACACAGCUUUUUAUAAAGAAACAUUUUUUUGUUUUCAUUUAACGUACAUAAAUAUAUGUAUGUUUGUAUAUAUUUCUUAAGAACAAAAUAAAAACAGCCUUCUUGGCAAAUGUUGCACAUUAAAACUUAAACUUAAAAUAUAAAAGCCUUCUUGGCAAAUGUUGCACUUUAAAACUUAAGCUAAACAAAAUUUCUAAUUCACAGUCAUUUUUUAAGUCUCAA